AUGUUACAGCGUCUGUUACAUUAAAUUAUAUUAUCCAUGAUCAUCUAAUGAAAAAUUUUUCCUUUUCAGCCAUGGGAUCCGCUCUUUCGCACGAUCUCCUCCGAUCUCGCACUACCGAUGAUGGCGAGGUCUUGAUAGACGUUGAUUCGGACAGUUCCGAUGUUCAGGACGUCGCGGGAAUCAUGAACAAUCACACUCCCAACCCGACCAGAUUUCUUCCGAGACGCGAGCAAACUCGCCGUGAAAAGCUGUUUGAGGAAGCCAGGACCUUUGCUCUGGCGUGGACUGCGGCUGAGUACCGCAAGAACGAUUGUUAUUUAUUUGAUUUGUGGACGAAGAUCAAAAUGGUUUGGGUUCAACUUUGCAUUCUGGAAGAAAUGGAGAAGAUCGGUGAUAGUCUCGCGGAGUGUGGCAAGUAUGGUAUCAUGUUGAAGUGAGUGUUUCAAUAUUUGUUUUCUUGGUUUUUAGGUGCAAGUCAGCGAAGUUUGAGGGAAACUUUAGCGAGACCUAGGUUCUUCUGGGUGGUCAUGAAUAAUAUAACCGUUGUGGCCGUUUAGGGUGUCGGAAGUCAAAGUUUUUAGUUUUAUGAGGAAUAUUGGGUUAUUUCACUUCUUUCAAGCUCAUUUUCAGUGGAUUUUUUUAUGAGAGGAAUCUUUUUUGAGGCGAUGUUACUUUAGACCUCUGUGAUGGAAAAGUUGGCUAUUCUGUUUGUUUUUUAACUUUGAAUUGAUGCGUAUGAGCUUUGUAGUUACAUUUUAAGCGUAAUUUUGUCUUCAUUUUUCCUUAUUAUGGUAUUUAUGGUAUCUUUAUUCUUGAUAAUUAGAUAUAAAAUUUGAAAAAGGGGUAGUAAUGCUUGUAAGAGAUCGAAUUUGAAUUCUUUUUGGUGUCUACGAUUUUGUCUAACCAUUUUUUCUUUCAAGAACUCUGAUGCAAGCCCGAUCUCGGCCGGAAUGCAUGAUCUGCAGCAAGUUUCGCAAAGAAAUGGUGGUUUGUGUCUAUUGCAACGACAUAAUCCUCUGUUCCCAAUGCAAAGACGAGUGUUAUUCGGAAUCAGUGAUAAGUCCUCUCAGAUGUCUUCAGUGCGAUUCGAUUUGGGGCACCAAACCAGCAGUUUUUCCGUUGUUUUUCAAGAAUGGAAUGUUGGUUCCGAAGGAGGCCUUGGAUUCCUAA